GCGGUGGGCGGAGCAGGGCGGGGACACUGCGCGCGCGGCGGGCGGUUCGAGCUGUGGGCGCUUCCCGAGCCUUCCCUGAGUCUUCUUUCAUCCCUCCUUCGGUCUUCCCGCCACCGCCCCUUACCCUCCCUAAGCCUCCUUUCAGCCCUCCCAUAACCUCCCCUCCGCCUUCCCGCCGCUUUCCCUCAGCCCUCUCUGAGGCUCCCUUCAGCCUUCCCGCCAUUUUCUGCCUCGCUCCCCUCCCCUUCCCUCGAGCCGCCGCUGCGGCAGAGCAGAGCACUGGGAGGAAACUUUAAAACAAAAGUUUAGAAGACAAGAUUCUGCUUGCUGUUGAGGUAAAAAAACUCUUGUAGCCAAGAUCUUGAAGUGCAGUGUAACAUCACUGUAGUUUUGUUUUUAGAACAGACUAAAAACCCUGAUCAUUUCCAAAGAGUUAAAAUAAUUAUGAGUGUUUUUUUGAAAGAAUGUACAGAAAACUGUGUAAGUAAAAUCACUUUUGGAGGGCAAUGAAUUGCUCAGUAUUAACACCUGUUGCUUUUAAAUUAAUGAUACUGUACUGUUUUCAUAAUAAGUUUAUGUGAAUUAAGGCAAAACAAGUGCUUGCAAUGAUAUGGGAUGUAAUUGAUAUGUCCUGAUUUGAUCAACAAAAUAUAUUAAGAUAUCUGAAAUUAAAAUUGGCUUCUAGUCUUGAAUAGCCACUUAAAUCCAGAACAGCAUUCCAGGUUUGGGUUUUUUUUGUGAUCUGACACUUCCUUUUUCCUGUACAGACUUUUUUUAAAAUACUGAAUAUUCGUUAUAAAUGGCAAAAAAAAUAAAGCUGGAAUAAUACCCCAGAUUUUUUCCAUGUAUUCGGAUUUUUUUCUGCUUACAAAAACAUUUCAUCAUGAGCUGUGGAAAGGAUUUUGUGGAAACUCUUAAAAAAAUUGGAUAUCCAAAGGCUGAUGAGCUUAAUGGAGAAGAUUUUGACUGGAUGUUUGAGUCUUCAGAAGACAAAUCAUUUUUGGAGUGGUUUUGUGGAAACAUAAAUGAGCAGCAUGUGAUAUCUGAAGAAGAACAGCAAGAUUAUCAAAAUCUUCUAGAGUGUGGUAAGACUGUUUUGGAAGGAAAUGCACUGGAUGAAGUCCUUAAAACCUUGGAGCCCAUGGGUUCAAUGAAUAGUAGCCAAGAGGAGGACAGGGAAGAAGUGAAGAAAUUAGAGGAUGAGAUUCAAACUCUUCAGAAACUAAAAAACCUUCAAAUUCAUCGGCAUAAUAAGCUUCAACUGUUGAUUACUACAAACAGCCACGUGUUGCAAACAUUCCAAAGCAAAGAGGAAGAAGCACGUAAGAAUUGGAAAGAAGGUCUGGAAAUAUUUACUGCAGCAAGUAAUAAGCUUGACCGUGAACUGCAGUCUCUUACAGCUGCAGUGAAGAAAUUUGCCUCUUUCUUCACUGCUUCAGAUUCAGAACAAGGGUCGGAUACACAUCCAGUGUUUUUUUCCCAGCUUUCUUUGGAUAAAUAUUUGUCUGUGGAAGAACAAAGUACUGCAGCAGUUGCAUCACACAUAAAAAAGCAUUUUUAUAAAGGUAUGUCUGAAUGUGCUGAAAAUUCACGUGAAGGCAGCUUUCAGCUUGAAGAUUUAAUCAAGCAAGUCCCUUUAGAUGAGGCUGAUGAAGUUUGUGAAGAGAGGCAAGAGAUAGCCAGACUCCAGGCAGCGUAUAUUUGUGGUCAGAACCAGCUAAUUCAGCUGCGAGCUGAAGAGGAGGGCAUGAAUUCAGCUAUCAAGUGUGCGGAGAGCCUGCUGCAAUCCUCGGACAAGGAUAUUGGACAACAGGAAAACAUUGAUGCUAAAAUAUCUAGUUUAAGUGCUGAAAUUUCAGCAAUUAAACAAGAUAUAGCUCAGAUAAAUAAUGAAGAGCUGCUUCCCCUUCUUAAGAAGAAUGCACAACUUUUGACUGCACCAGUGGUUAAAGAAUACUUAGAUCACCAAAUUGCUCAGCAGGACUAUUAUGUUGCAAUUCAAGAAAAAAUAGGCAGGCAUUUGAUAAGACAGAAAACCUCAUUUGAACUUAUUCAGCUGGCCUGUGAAAUGGAAAUGAAGAAACACCAGGAGAUCAGCUGCCAACUUGAGAAUUUGGUAGAAUCUCUGAAACAAAGCACUGAUGAGUUGCAGCAGAGAUUACAGGUGAUAGCUGAACGAACUGAACGGGCAAAGCCAAGGAGCACUAUUACUUCAGAGGAUGGUUUCUCUUGCAGGCUGUAUCAACUCCUGGAAGGAGGAAGUAAAAAACAACAGUUGUUUAAAACUUACAAAAGCCUGGAGCAGAUGGCUCAGAAGUUAAAGCAGGACUGUGCUACAGUACAAGAUCAGCUGGCAGCAUCUGCUCGAGAGCAGUCUGUCCUUUUGUCCAACCUAGAAAGGGAUGUGGAUGCCCUUCAUGGUGCUCUCUAUUGUGGAACAAAUCAGAUACAGCUCCGGAGUCCGGAACUUACUGAGCAGUUUCACCAGCUGAAAGUGGAUUUAGGUGAACUAAAUCAUCUCCUUAAGGAUCUGGUUGCUGAUCUGAAGUCAAAGAGAAGCUUUUUAGAGUCCAAUAGGCUGCAUCAGAUGGAAAGAGACUUGUAUGUGUAUUUUUUCAAAGAUGAAGAGCACUUGAAAGAGAUGGUGGAGAAGCUUGAGCAGCAGUCUGAGGCUAAAGCCAGUGGUCUGGAAGACAAGAAUUUCACAACCAGUGGAGUUCUUAAUGGCUAAACAGCAGUGUACUCUUAAGAAAGGAAAUGUUAAUGUCAACUGUGUAUGACUUUAUGGAGUAAUAAGCAUUAGCUCGACAAGGCUGACACUUACCUGUCACUUCAGUGAAUCCUAACUGCCACUGUUACCAGCUGGGAUUGCAUGCUGCUUUAUGGCUUCUGCCUGCUGAAUUCAAUCUCAGUUUUAUCAGAACUCUUGGAUAUGAAGUAAUUGUUGGUUAUUUGAAAGAAGUAUGUUUAGGCUGCUCUUCUGCUGGCCUGUGUGUUUACUUCUGCUGCACACAGCAUAGCAUCAAUAGGAAUGUGUCAUACCCUUGAGUUAAGUCUUACUGCAUUUUGAUUGAACUGCAAAAUAAAUGUGGAGAAGGCAUUCCAGAUUUUGGAACAAGACUGCAAUGUGCUCAUAGUGAAGAGGAGAGUUCUCAAUGGCAGCAGAUACUACAUGAUUGUUUCUCUUACAGUUCUUCUAGGAAGACUUGGUUUUGUUAGAAAUGUGUUGGAAUAUGUACCAGAAUGUUUUAACUACCAAGACCAUCUGUUUUGAGACCAUUCUAAUAUCUCUUAACUUAUAAUCUACCUUCUCCAUUGAAACCAGUCCAUACUUAUACUGGGCUUGUCAAUGAAUGAGAAUUUUAAAUUUCUUUUUUGUACUUCUGAGUCUGCCUUAUAAUUUAUAAUGAUAGGCAUUUCAACUCAGAGCACUCAUGCUUUCUUGCUUGUGCUUUCAUGUGCACUGUUAGCCUGUUUAUCAAAUUUUUAUAUAGCUUCCUAAUAUACCAAUGGAACUAAAUAGGCUUUUAUAGUAUGAUAACUUCCAGUCUUUUAUAUUUUGAAGGGAUCAGCUGUGCUUGCUUUCAAGCACUGUACAUAUUGAUGAAGGUUAAUAUAUUAGUUGAAAUUCAGUAACAGUAGUCUUAAAACUAUUUUGAUGGCAGACUUUUAACUUCUAUGUACUUAUAACUUAUUUUUUUUAGCUUACUGGUUGGGUGUCUUUAUGUCUGGAUUUAAUGCUGCUUUACUCUUUGUGUUUAUUAUUAAAUGCCAAACUCUGUCAAUUCA